ACUCUUUAUUUGAGCUCAUAAACAAGCCAGUGGCUCUCUUGCAGCGUGUCUUGCAGCGUGUUUACCUCCUUCUCUCCCACAGCCAACUGUGUCAGGAUGUCAGGGAACCUCCUGGGGAACUGUUUAUGUAGCUUGCUUGGCGCAGGUGUAUUUAUUGCAGGAUGCACCAUUCUCCUCAUAACAGCCUUCCCAGUUGUGCAGAUCGCUUUAGGUGCAGCGUACAUGUACGAGUGUCCAGCAGCACCAGUCAUCCCAGUGUAUGUGAUGGUGUGUGGGAUCAUGGCCCUGCUGAUGAUGGGCCUGUUUGCUUUGUCAAAGCUCUGUCCAGAAGCACCGGGCAACAAGAUCUGGAGUCUGUGGAUCCUCAGCCUGGUCCUGUUCUUCCUCAUCUGGUUCCUCUAUGGCAGUUACCAGGUUUAUUCUGUGUAUCCACCCAGCUACGUCAAGGACACCAUCGACCCAAACAGCUUCAAUAGCAGCCUCUACACUCCCACUGCACCUGACAACAAGCCCGGCCUCACCACGGAGAACCAGAACCAGAGUAUUCUCCACCAGACCGGUGGAUCGAUCAGUGUCAACCAGACUUUAAGGAAGCUGGUUGAAACAUUGGCCUUCAGCAACAUCAGCAGUCAAAUACACAGAGAACGUCUGAACAAUGCAGUGCCGUACUGUGACAGGACUGUGUACCUCUUUGCUUUCUGGACCACCACGCUGCUCUAUGUGUUCACAGCAAAUGCCCUGGGGAUGAUCAUCUGUUUAUACGGUGUCAUGAAAAUUACUGAUAAGUUUAUUAAACUCCUUGGUAUGUGAACUGAGCUGCAGAGACGUUUAAACUGUCACUCUGUGGUGGGUUUGUAGAAAGGAGUUGGCUCAGUCUUCUUUUGGCUGAGUGAAUAAAUAAGUAAGCUUUGUAAUGAAAUGUUGGGACUUUGUCUGUAAAUACAGUGUGAAGGUCACUCAUAAUUCUGAAUAAGACCCAGUACAAAGCGCCUGUCAUCUCUCCUCUUUUAAUAAUCCUGUUGUAACAACUACUUUAAAGAUCUGUGAUUCUCGAAUGAUGGGAAAUGUAUUAACAGGAGUUAUAAAAGAUUAUUCUUGGUUAUUUUCAUAUCUCUGUUUUCUAUGAUUUUAACAGCAUAGAGAAAAACAUCCUUUUCUUUGUAUUAUAAAUACCCUGUGGUAAAGGAGACCCACUGUGAGAUUUGAUGUGAUACCUGAUGGGAUAAGUUUCAGUUUGAGAUGAAUCCCUGCAUUUAGCAGUUUGGAAACUAUUUAACAUUAUUUAGUUGAUUUUGUUAGUGCUCUUCAAAGUCUCCAAUUUAUAUCUGAACAGAAAACCAAAAAA